GUUGGCUCAAGCUGCAAGUAGGAAUAUUGAAUAAUUAUUACCUACCCGUUUUGGUUGCAGCAAAUGGCGGCCCCAGGAAACAAGUUCUGGGGGGGCGCAAGCUCCUCAGAGUCCGAUUCCGACUCCGGAUCCUCCGACAGCGAGGAGGAGCGGCCCGUGGUGGCCGCCGCAGCGCCUCGAAAGAUGGCGCGCUGGGCUGAGGCCUCCUCCAGUGAAGAUGAAGGUGUUGCACAGCGCCGAGUAGUCCGAUCACACACGGACAAAAAGAACGAGCAGAUGUUAGAACAGAUCAAGGUUAUGAAGAACCACAUGAAGAUCGAUGAUUUUGCUAGUACCAUUACGGACUACGAGGCAUUGAUCAAAAUGUUAGAAAAGCUCCGCACCCAGGUGGAAGCGGAUGGUGGUCCUCCUAAGCAGUUUGUGAAAGCCAUUGGCGCAUUGGAAGACUACAUUGAGAAAACUCACGCCGAAAUCCAGGAGAAGAAGUCCAAGGGCAACAAGUUGCCAGAGAACAAAGCGAAGGCCUUCAACACCCUUCGCUCCAAGGUGAAGAAGGGCAACAAGCUCUACGCCGACGACCUGACGCAGCUGCGUUCCAACCCCGAGGAUUUCCAGUCUGAAGAGGAAGCCGCAGACUCUGCCAGCGAGGCCAGCCAGGCAGCUGGUUCCGAGGAUUCCGCCUCCGGGAGCUCUGAGAGUGACUCCAGCAGCUCCAGUAGUGACUCCAGUAGUGACUCCGACAGUGAUUCGUCGGACAGCUCUUCGGACACUGGUGGCAGCGAUUCUUCGGACAGCGACUCUGAACCCUCCUUCGACGACAGCGACAAGAGCGGCAGCGAGGAUGGUGACGAAGAUUUGGCCCGAGAGAGGAAGAUGCUGCGAUGGCUCAUCACGCCCGAAAAGUUGGCGGAGCGUGAAAAGAAGGCCGAAGUCGCUAAGGCCAAAGAGGCCGAGAACAAGGCCAAAGAUCAGGAGAAACGUGCUAGAAAGAAGGACAAAGUGGAGGAGGGUCAGAAGGGCACCACCCAUCAACGCAAAGGUAAAGAUGAGCCAGAAGAGUACACCUCCAAGGACUAG